GGGAGCUGUAAAGAAGAAUUGUUAUUUUAAACGUUUAUAUAAAGGGCAAAAUCUAAAACUACCCUAAUUGACAAAAGCAAAGGAUAAGGAACUCACCCUUCUUAAGCUUUAAACUCCUUUGGCUACGUACCUCCUUCACUCAUCGGCUUGUUUCAAAUAAAGCUUCAAUUUUUCUCGAUCUCUGGCCUCUCGCUCUCCAUCUAUCUCCACCCCAAUUUAAUUUCUCUAUCGAAUCUUUGUGGGAAAGCAAAUCAGAAGUUUGUGGAAAUUACGAGGUAUCUGUAAAGAAUCUACCAUGGACUACUUGAGUGGCUAUGUAUCCAAUGAAGACUUCUACGAAACCGAUGACGAUUACUCCGACGACAAGGCCAAUGCAAACUACACCAUCUUAGACGAAGCCGAGAUUCGACGUCGUCAAGAGGAGCAAAUCUCUCACAUCUCCUUACUCUUAUCACUAUCCAAUGAUCAAGCAAGCCUCUUGCUUUACCAUUACAAUUGGAAGGUUGAUAAGUUGCAAGACGAUUGGUUUGCGGAUGAGCACGCGGUUCGUGACAAAGUCGGGCUAUUGAUCAACCCUAUUAACGAUAAAAACAUUGAUAAUGAAAACGAAGAAGAUGAUACUUGCAAAAUUUGUUACGACGAGUUGGAACCUGCAAACUGUCGAUCCGUGUCGUGUGGACACAAGUUUUGUGUUGUAUGUUGGAAGAGUUACAUAAGUGUGGCUAUUAACGACACGGGUGCUGGUGUUUUGUCCCUCAAAUGCCCGGCAAUUAAGUGUCAAGCUGCUGUGACUCGCGAUUUGAUUGUUGAGUUGGUUUCGAAAGAGGAGAAGGAGAAGUUUGAUGAAUAUUUUGUAAGGUCUUUUGUGGAAGGUAGGAAGAAUACUACUAAGUGGUGUCCUGCGCCGGGUUGUGACAAAGCUGUGGAAUUUGUGCUUACAGACGGCGAUAGCCAUAGGUAUGAUGUUACAUGUGUGUGUUCGCGUGCCUUUUGUUGGAAUUGCGGGGAGGAGACUCAUAGACCGGUGGAUUGUGAGCUUGUUGCGAAGUGGACCUUGAAGAAUUCAUCGGAGGCUGAGAACACAAAAUGGAUACUUGCAUAUGCUAAGCCUUGUCCCAUGUGCAAGCGCCCUAUUGAGAAGACUGUUGGAUGCAAUCAUAUGACUUGUUCUGCCCCUUGCAGGUUUGAGUUCUGUUGGUUGUGCCUAGGGAGUUGGUACGAUCAUAUGGGGUGCAACAGAUUCAGAGUAGAGGAUAGAGAUAUCGAUGAAAAAAUGAGGAAACAUGCGCAACUAUAUAUUAGAAGAUACUCACAUUAUUACGAAAGGUGGGCAAGCAACCAUAAAUCGCGACAAAAAGCCAUGGAUGACUUGCAAAGAGUUGAGGAGCAUGAUCUGAGCAAGCUGAGUGGCAGGGUGAAUACUCCUACAACACAACUAGAAUUCGUCGUACAAGGGUGGAAGGAAAUCAUAGAGUGUAGGAGAGUACUGAAGUGGACUUACGCGUAUGGGUACUACUUAGAGGAGGACAAAAAGGAGGACAAAGACUUUAAGAUAAAAAAAGAAUUGUUCGAGUUUUUGCAAGGUCAAGCUGAGACUCAGCUUGAGAGGCUUCAUUCUUGCGCUGAGAUAGAACUGUCGCGUUUCCUUAAAGAUGUUGAUGGAGACGACGAUGAUAGAACAAUGUACAACCCUGAUGAUAUGGAUUUCAGCAAGUACCGUGCUAAGCUGGUUGAUCUGACAAAGGUAACUGGUACACACUUUGAAGAGUUGCUUAAGGCGUUGGAGAAUGGUUUACCGGAAGUGGAUCUGGAUCGGAAGAUAGGGCGCAACACCUCGAAGAAGAGAAAGGAUUCGGCUUCUUCUUCACAAGGUCCUCAAGGUUGUGAUCAUUUGUUGUACGGCUCUUGGCAGUGUGAUCAGUGUACCCUUCAUUAAUAUAGGCACAGCUACUUCGUGUCGGAUGUGCUGUAAGGUUAAUGUUUUUUUAAGUUACUAGUACCAUUUACAAGACAUGGAAUUUUUGGUUUGAGACUUUGAGGUUUUUUUUUCGCUUGCUUUGAAUUGGAAUUUGUGAACAAAAAUGUCACAGUAUUAUGAUUCAGUAAAUUAUCCUUUUAAACUUUUAUAUUUUCAUGUGUUUGGUUUUUUCUUUUAAUUGAUUUUUACAUCUUUUGUUUGGAGAUUUUACUCUUCAGUAGCUAAUUAAGCUUUGAGCCAUGACUGAAGUCAGGGGUGGUUCUGAGCAUGUGCAGGGUGGUCGAUUGCAUAGAGUCCCUAAGUGAAACUACUAUAAAAGGAUUCCGGUUUUUUGAAUUUAGUAACAUAUUAUUCCUUAAAAAAAAAUAUUUUAGGGUUCAAUUUAACAAAAUUGCACCGGGACACUUU